CUUUUAUGGAUGGAAUGUGAGACUUUUACGCACCUACUAUCAACUUCCGGUUGGGUGUGAGCGUUUUCUUGUUUCAGAAAUAUCUAUUUUUAUUGCCCGUAGGGCUUGGAUUUUUGUUUACAACUUUUUCCUGUGUGUUUGCGUAUUUUCCGUACAACUAGAAAAUGUCAAAGUCACUGAAGAAGAUCGUGGAAGAGAGUCGCGACAAGAAUCUCCCGGAGGUGGACAUGUGUGACAGAGGAAUAUCAAACCUGCUGGAUAUUCCUGGACUCUUCUCUUUGUCCAGUAUUACUCAACUGGUCCUGAGCCACAACAAGCUAAGUGCCGUGCCUCCAAAUAUUGCUGAUCUGAAGAACUUGGAAGUGUUGAACAUGUUCAACAACCAAAUUGAGGAGCUUCCGACGCAGAUCAGUAGCCUCCAGAAACUUAAACAUCUCAACCUUGGGAUGAACCGGUUGAGCACUCUUCCACGAGGAUUUGGAUCUCUUCCGGCACUGGAGGUUCUGGAUCUGACAUACAAUAACCUGAAUGAGUCUUCACUUCCGGGGAAUUUCUUUUACCUCACCACCCUGCGCGCGCUCUAUCUCAGUGACAACGAUUUUGAGAUUUUGCCCCCAGACAUCGGCAAGCUGGCCAAGCUACAGAUAUUGAGUUUGAGGGACAAUGACCUCAUCUCUCUACCCAGAGAGAUUGGAGAUCUGACUCAGCUGAAGGAACUUCAUAUUCAAGGGAACAGACUCACUGUACUUCCUCCUGAACUUGGUAAUUUGGACCUGACGGGACCCAAGCAAGUGUUUAAGGCUGAGAAUAACUCCUGGGUGACUCCCAUCGCAGACCAGUUCCAGCUGGGCAUUUCUCAUGUGUUUGAGUACAUCCGCUCCGAGACCUACAAGUAUCUGUACGGGCGACACAUGCAGGCCAAUCCAGAGGCACCCAAAAAAAAUGCCGACAAAUCCAAGAAGAUCAGCCGCAAGCCGCUGGCGGCCAAGAACAAGUGAAGACCAGGAGCUGAUCUGAGAUCAAUGCAACGUCCAUGCAUGUGCCUUCUUCAGUUCAUAUUUAUUGUUCUUUUGUUUUUUGUAUUGCUUCAGUAUUACCUAACCACCCUGCCUAAAACAUUUAAUGAUGUAGUUCACUUCCAGAAUAACUGGUCACCAUUGACUUCCAUAAUAAGGAAAAAAAUACUAUGAAACUCAAUAGUGACUAUCAACUGAUUGGUUAGCAUAAUAAUUGUUUCCCUACUACAGAAGUCAAUGGUGACUAUCAACUGAUUGGUUAGCAUCAUAGUGAACAUUGACUUCCAUAGUAGGGAAUAAAAUACUAUCAACCGUUUAGCAUCAUGGUAUUUUUGUUCCCCAUACUAUGGAACUCAAUGGAUGCUUUCAGCUGUUUGGUUAGCAUAAUUCUUCCCUACUUUGGAUGUCAAUGGUGGCUUUCAACUAAUUGGUUAGCAUCAUAGUAUUUCUUUCCCUAAUAUGGAAUUCAGUGGUGACUAGUAACUGAUUGUAUUGCAUCAUAUAUUUCCCCUACUAUGGAAGUCAAUGGUGACUGUCAACUAAUUGGUUAGCUUCAUAGAAUUUUUCCCUACUAUGGAAGUCAAGAGUGACUAUCAACUGAUUGGUUUGCAUCAUAGUAUUUUUUUUCCUUCUAUGGAAGUCAAUGGUGACUAUCAACUAAUUUGUUAGCUUCAUAGUAUUUUUCCUUACUAUGGAGUCAAUGGUGACUAUCAACUGAUUGGUUAGCUUCAUAGUGUUUUUCCCCUAAUGUGGAAGUCAAUGGUGACUGAUAACUUGAUUGGAUAGUAUUAAUUAAUUGACCAUCAACUGAUUGGUUAGCAUCAUAGUAUGUUUUCCCCUACUGUUGAAGUCAAUGGUGACUAAUAUCUGGUUAGCUGUAUGUUUUCCUUUACUAUGGAAGUCAAUGGUGUCUGUCAGCUGGUUGAUCAGCAACAUAGUUACUAUUGACUUCCAUAGUAGGAAAAAAUACUAUUAACUAAUUAGAUAGCGUAAUUUUUUCCCUGCUAUGAAAGUCAGUGGUGACUGUCAAUGAUUGGUUUGCAACAUUUUUCUAAAUAUCUACUUUUGUGUUCAAUAGAAGAAGAAAACAUCUCAAAAUAGGUUUGGUGCAAGCGGAAGACAAGAAAAUCAUGACUGAAUUAUAUUUAUUAUAUUUAUAUUAUUUAAGAUAUUUUGAAGAAUGUUCGAAAAUGGUAGCCAUUGACUGAGUAUUAGUCAUUUUUUCCUUAUUUUUAAAGUUGAUGGCUGUCAGUUUUCGCAUUCUUCAAAAUAUCUUCUUUUGUGUUCAACAGAAUAAAACAAUGUACUACAGUUUUGGUGGUGAGGUUUGAGGGUGAGCAGAUGGUGUGUACAUUUUUAUCAGUUUAGAAGUAGUUUACUUCCAGAAAUGACUAGUGAACUAUGACUUUCAAUUUAAACUGAUUUUCACUGUUGAAUGCGAUAGUAUUUUUUUUCCUACUGUUUAUGUUAAUGGUGAUCAUUGAUUGUUUGGAUACAAAAAAAAAUCCAAAUUAUUUUCUGUGUUCAGAAGAUAAAAACUGGAGGAUAAGUAAAUAAUGACUGAAAUUUAAAUUUUGGAAAUAAACUCUAUUUUUUUUAACUGUUCAAUCUAAAACAUUUAAAGUGACAGUUCACCCAAAAAUUGAGCAUUCUGCUGGAAAAAUACUAUCCAUUGACUUCCAUCAUAUAUCUUUAUCUUACCGGUGAUUGCCAAUGGUGACUUGUUUCCACAUUCUUUUAAAUACCUCUUAAAAAAAGAAGAAAAAAAAAGAUUGAGACCCCUUUGAGGGUGACCAGAGUCCAUUUGUAUUUUGGGUGCCUUUAAAAGAGUAAUUCAUUUCCAGGACUGGUGACUGGUCACCAUUGAUUUAUAAUUCCAGUUGAUUUUCACCAUUAAAUACCAAAGUAAUUGUCCUAUAAAAGAAUUUGGAUAUCAAAAUAUUCUAAAAUAUCAUUCAGAAAGCAAUAAGUGGAGGAUGAGUAAAUAAUGACUGAAGUAAACUCCUUUUUUUAAAUGCUAGUUCAUCCAAAAUGAAAAUUCUCUCAUCAUUUACUCUCCCUUUUAUUUUGAAACUUUAUGAGUUUCCUUCUUCGGUUAAACACAAAACAAGACAUUUUGAAAAAAAAAAAAGCAGGAAACUGGUAACCAUUGACUUCCACAGUAUUUAUUUUUGCCUAGUAAUGAAGUCAAUGUUACUGUAUACAAAGUGAAUAGUGAGUAAGUUUUCAGUUUUAGGAGAACUAUCCCUGCAAUUGCACAACCACCCCACCUAAAGCAUUUAAAGAGACAGCUCACCCAAAAAUGAACGUUCAUCCUUAACUUGUUCCAGAUCUUUUAUUUAUUUUUUUUUUGUCUGAUGAACCCAAAACAAGAUAUUUUGAAGAAUGUUGGAAAAUGGAAGCCAUAGACUUCCAUUGUAUUUCUAUUUCCUACUGAAGUCAAUAGCCCCUUUCACACAGUGAUACCGGUAAAUAUCUGGAAAAUUUACGGAACGAUUUUACUGGUAAAUUAAAAAAAGGGGUGUACACACAUUUUUCUGGAAAAGACCGUUCACACAUCCAUUCCAAAAUACCAUUAAAUUUUGACAUCAUUAACCAGAAAUGAGCUUUAAAAAUGCUGCGCUUGCAUUUGUAAACAUUUGACUACAUUACAAACUUUGUGGAUGGAUAAGUUUUAUCAACUUCGAUGAUAACAUAUGGAGGAACACUUCGCAUGUCGAGAUGUUCAUAAUACGUGUGUGUGUGCUGGCGCUCACCAACUGAUACUUGUGCACAAGCAUCAGAGCUUGAAGGUAAACAAAAAGCGGUUUAUCAUAAGCAUUUCGUCAAUAUUUUUUACACAGUUGGCAUUAAGUAGGAACAUAGAAACGUAACCUGACCAACAUCUAGCAGCUGAAUGUGUCCGGAAAAAUUUUCAAAGGCUUUUAUUUUCAUUAUUUCUGAAUGUUCUGAUUGGCUGAAGUAGACAUCUCAGAUCACACGUUCUAGACGUGAACACGCUCUUUCCGGCAAUCUUCCUUCUGUGUUCACACAGAGAGCAGAAUUCCAGCAAAUUACCGGUAAUGUUACAACUUGUCUUUCCGGAAAAUAGCCGGAAAUAAUAUUUUCAAAAAGGGCCUGUUCACAAAUACAGACCUUUCGGGAAAAUUGCCGGUAAUUUUACAGAAAGAUCUGUAUGUGUGAAAGGGGCUAAUCUCUAACAGUCCUCUAAAAUAUAUUUUCUUUGUGUGUGUGUGUGUGUGUGUGUGUGUGUGUGUGUGUGUGUGUGUGCGUGCGUGCGUGCGUGCGUGCGUAAUAUAAAUGAAAGUCAAGUGAGAGUGAAUAACUGGUGUUGUUUUGGGUGAACUCAAGAAGGAUUUUAACCACUGACUUCCAGUCGGUCACCAUUGAUUACUACAGUAAUUUUUCCUUACCAUAGAAGUGAAUGGAGACCAUUCAGAUACCAAAUUUUUCCAAAAUUUCUUCUGUGCUCAUCAAAAGAUAACAAGUACAACGUUUGUCUGGAUGUGAAUUACUCUUAAAAGUGUCCUUUUUAAUCCAACGCCUUUGAAGUGCCACUUGUGCCCACUCUAAGGCUGGUUUUUGGGCCUGAAUCAGACUUCUGAGCACGUGUGAGUCGCGUCUCCUGAGAGCCGGCGGGAGUGUUGUCCUGUUCAACCAUCCAGACGAGGAGAGCAGUGAGUUUUUGGGAGCCGGUGACGAGCAUUUUGCGAGCGUACAGGGAUUUAGCCGGAGUGUGGUGGUCUUAGUGGCGUCUGUGCAGGAUUGUGUGGGGGUCUCUAAGGGGACACCGCCGACUGCUUCCUCUGCCUCUUAAUGACAGAUAUGAAUGGCUGGAGUUUCAGAUGCUACACAGCAGAGAUGUGAGCCCAGAGAAACGCCAUUCCAGAGGGUCAACAAGAUGGCGCGACGAACCGCAGGUGGUGUCAUUGUUUCUGAUUGUGUACAAGUGAACAUGACGGUGCAGCUUUUUACACAAUAUUUGUAAACACAAAAACAAAGGAGUGUGUUUUCUGUGUUCACUACAGCUUUAUAUUGCAUACACUAACAAAGCUUGGCUGAUUUCGAAAUUUUACUUUUUUUUAUCAAUAUGUAUUUUAAAUGAUCCCAAGCUGUUUCACUGCAAUCACGUUUAAAUGAGUUAUAUUUGAAGAUGUUUUAUGAUGUGCACAAUGUACUGUGCUAUACAUUGAAAUUUUGACAUUGAAAUAAAGUCAGCAUUUUGUUGAACCAU